GAGCCCAAUAUCAUCCGGGCCGUGUUCGGCUAACAGCAGCCUAGCAACGCGAAACCACGGCGAGAUCUCCGCGACCGCGAGCGGCGAAGGCGAUGGGCGAUUUGGGUCGCAGAAGAGGGAAGCCGGCGAGUCCGGCUGGUCCCCCGCAACGAAGACCACGCGUGGUCACCCGUUCGUUCGCGCGGACGCCGCCGCCGACGCAUUGCUUCGUUCGCCGUCGGAGGCGACGCUUCAGCCAAAUUUCCGCUUCAUUAUACGGCCAGAAUCAAUCCCGUGGCCCUUGCUCAUAACGCCUUCUCAGCACUUUUCUGGAGAGUCUUGGGACCGAGAUUAAUCUGCAUGAACAAUGACUUCAUUAUCAGGUCAGGAAUGAGAGGACAAGUAUCAAGACAACACCCAUCAUGGGGAAAGGCACACAUUCCAAACUUGCUUUCUCCCUCAUGCUUUCUUCUUCCUGUUAUAAAACCUGUGGUCUUCUUCCCCCUGCAGAUCAUAAGAGGACUCGUGUCCUAUAACCAUUCCUUAACCACUACUUAAAUAACUGUCUGUGUACUUUAACAAUGGGCGUGGCAUUGAGUGUUCUUGGGAAGCUUGGUAAGUAUGCUAACUGCAUUCUUUUGAUAGCCCUCAUCUCCUCAGAUAAUGAACACAUUGCAAUACAUUUCUUUGGAGUUUUUGAGUGAAUAUAUGCAUUAUGGUGAGAAACAUGUAAUAGAAGGGAAGGGUUAACAAUGCAGAGCAUAAGAGGACUUGUGUCCUAAAACUAUUCUUUAACCACUACUUAAAUAAAGAACUGUUUGAGUAUCUUAGCAAUGGGCCUGCCCUUGAGUGUUCUUGGGAAGCUUGAUAUGCUAAUUACACUCUUUUCAUUGCCCUCAUUUCCUCAGAUAAUGAACAUAUUACAAUACAUUUCUUUGGAGUUUUGAGUGAAUAAAUGCAUUAGGAUGUAAUAGAAUUAAGGGAAAGGGUUAACAAUGCAGAGCAUUGUCCUAAAACUAUUCUUUAGCCACUACUUCUUAAUGUAUUUUAGCAAUGGGCCUGCCCUUGAGUGUUCUUGGGAAGCUUGGCUUGCCCAGCGUGGACUCGUUAACUACAGACAAGGUCUAUGAAAAUUUUUUCAUUGAUGUAAAAGAUUAUCCAGGUUUUCAUAACAGUUUUAUUAAGAUGUUCAGCGACAUUAACACGAUUAUGCCUGGCAAACAUUAUAUUCUAAAAGCAACUACUAAGGAAAUGGAGGAGCUUUACAAGGACUGGAAAGAAAAAGCCCCAACAGAUGAGGAGAAGAAGAAACUAGUGGUGGACUUCCUGAACCUGCACGUCGAGGAGUACAAGGCCAAUUCAACUGCUAUGAUUGCCACCGGCCUGGUUGCCCCUGGUGCCGCCGUCGUCCUCAAGAAGUCUGGCCAGAAGGUGCCGCAGUUGAAGAUGCUCCGACUCGACCUCGUCCCCAACGCUGUGUUCGUGCCCACCGUCACUCUCCUGUCCCUCAUCGGCGUCAGGAUGUUCAACCUCAGCAAGGCCCCUGCAAAGUUUACUAAUAAAGCCUAAUAUAAUUAUGCCAAAUCUCAGCUUAAUUAAGAAAUUGUGGCAAUCAAUAAACUUAUUAAAAUUCAUUGUAAACAACAAGUCAAUCUCAGAGAGCAAAUGUAUUUGAUUUUCUUCUGCCAAUAAUUUACCAAUUGUCUCA